AUGCGAUUACAAAAGUAUGGACAGGCUCUGAAACUCCUUCAGAUGCAGCUCGACAACGGCGAGACACGCUUGCAGCCAGAAAGUCUCUGCUCUGCUCUCAUUCUGAAUAGCGCAGCGGUAGUAGACGAGGAUCUUCAUAGCCAUCACCAUUACCUCUCUCACGCUGAUGGAGCGACUGCAAUCCUUCGAGCCUUUGGCCCAGAGAGGAUAAAUUCGCGGUUCGAGCUGCAAAUGUUCUACGCUCAUCUCCCUACCCUCGUCUUCAAGUCCCUCCUGCUCACCACGAAAUGUUUCAUCGACACUCCCGACUGGCGUACACUCGAGCAAAAAAUCCCCGACUCCUGGUCCGUCGAUCGUUUUGAAGCCGGCAUACUCCACACCUACGCUAGAUUGCCCGCCUUCAUCCACAGUCUUCGGACACCGAGAGCCACGUCAGGAUCUGAAUUUGGCGAAGAUUCACUUCUCUCAGCACUCUCGCUAAAGGAGGACCUUUUCUCUCUGAAUGAUAGAGUGAAUGACUUCCUCAAAGACACCGACAUGGUCCUUGAAUGCCCUCCGCUAUGGACUUCGUCAGAACGUGGACCCUCGACAUAUCACCUUUUCAAGGACAUUCGUCUCGCCGAAGCGCUGUCCAUCUUUUGGCGCGCACUGAUCGUGGUGACCAAUGGACUGCGCCAACUGCGCAUGGCAACACCAGCGGACGAAGAAAUCGCAAUGGGUGCAGCCCUGCGGCUAUCAUGUCUGCUGAGCACGUUCAGACCUGGAAGCCGCUUGGAUCGUUGUUCGCUUGCCUCAAUCUGCGCGUGGCUCGGCUUGCUUGCUCGCAGGCCUUGA